AUGAAGUUCUUGCAGACGACGGACGGUACCAAUGUGACCAAAGAACUCGACAACGAGAGUAUCACCAAUCUCACCACAUUGAUUGAGUCGGGUUCAACGUGUGGCUACAAGCUAAAGAGGCUGACAGACCGCGUUAUCUCCUCUGUGAACGAUCUUCGCGUAAAGACACCGGACAUUUCAAAGGAGGAUAUCCGAUCGUUCAUGGGUCGUUCACCACUGGUACUGAAUGAUGUGCCCAUUGUGACAAACGAAUGUCUGGGUGAGCUUCUCCUUACUAAAACGAAAGAGGCAGCAUACGAAUCUCGCGACGUGCUUCGUAAAUCAUUCGGAGUUAUCAUCGACCAGCUGAUCGACAAGUCCAAAACUGACUUGGGAGCCUCGCUCACUGCUGAUGAGUAUAUGCUCCAGGUCUCGAACAUGGGUCUACUAGUACUUUCAUCUAUGGACCCUACAGGAAUCACAUACAUGACGUCGCAGUUCGUACAGCCGAUUUGUGGACCCACAGAGUUCCUGGGUGAGAUUGAUGAUGGAUCACUCGCCGAUGCUCUGGGACUCAAGACUAAAGACGACGCCUUUGCCGGCAGCGACGGCACGUGGAAAAAAGCAGGCGACGGUGUUGUCCAACUCACGUUUGUUAGCACAGAUACCGAAGACGUGACUGUUGUUGUUCAUUCAGGAGGCGACGCGGUUGCAGAGGUGAAAGUAGGAAAUGGAGAGACUGUGGUAUGGACGUCGACUGUGGGUGCACUGCAAGACAAAACCACGUAUCUCGAUCGUUGGCGACCAGGUUUUCUUGGUAUUCCUGGAUCGGGAGGAGGCUCACUACUGCUGUGGAUCCCACGAUCGUCGGCUGGAGGUCAUUUGGAGAUGAAUGUGAAGAUUAACGUGAGCUAG